AUGCAAGAUUAUGUGCUGGAGCUUUUUAAAAGAGACCCGAGGAUGAAGAGGAGCAACGGGGCUGUCACUGCGUGGCUCUUCAAGUCGAAAACUUUACACACCGCAGCCCCCAAACGAGCGAACUACAGCGUCGCAAGAGAGACGAAGGGAGACCGUCUGUCGCAGCUACAGGAUCUGCGGGAGAAAGAUCCUAAAUAUGAUGCCAAGCUGCUCUAUACGAAUAUGUAUAAGGCCACGACCGGCAGGGAAGCAGACCCGGAGGUCUUCGCGCUCGAACAAGGAGUGGGAAUGGAAAUUCAAGAAAAGUCCGAUUUGAAAAACCGCCAGAAGUUUAUGUCGCCUCAAGAGCUGAAGGACGAGAUGUAG